GAGUGGGUAAUGGAGAGGUGUGCUCUGACUGAAAGCGAAUUGCCCAGCGAGCAGGGUGGGAGGAAAGUGAAGGUGACGCGCAAAUCAGUGAGGGUGGGUUCCUCCAACUCCUCCUAGCGCUGAGCCGGGCUGAACAGGGAGGGAGCUGGGCUUGUGUCACACAGACGGACCUGCCGCUGCUCUCACUGGGUGCCUCAUCCUUCCUACCACUGCAUCUGUUGUUACAGGGUGUGGGAAGAACAGAGAGGGGAGCCCCACAUUCCCCCUCUCACCUGCAUGCCCUUGGAUACCCUGCUGCUGUGACGCACUUACUUCUCCCUGUGUCUGCCAUGGAGUUAGUUAUCCGGUUAAUAAUUGCCUGUUCCCUGUACAUGAAGGCUGCGGGGGACUAUGAUGGAAGAUGGCCCAGACAGAUUGCAUCUGCCACCGGACUGUGUCGCUAUGGUAACAGAAUAGACUGCUGCUGGGGAUGGUCCCGCCAAUCAUGGGGACAAUGUCAGCCUUUCUACUCCGCCUUAAGACAGAGAAUAGCCAGCGUAAGGUGCCGAUCGCAAGCCAUUUGUCAGCCAGCAUGUAAACAUGGAGACUGUGUAGGCCCUAACAAGUGCAAAUGUCAUCCUGGAUACACCGGAAAAACCUGCAACCAAGAUGAACAGCUGUUGACUACAGUGCCUGACUGGUAUCAUGAAGUCCCAUUUUUGUAUCCUGUUGAGGCUCCAGCAACUGGGGUACCUCCCGGGGAUCUGAAUGAAUGUGGUUUGAAACCUCGACCAUGCAAGUAUCGCUGUAUGAAUACAUAUGGAAGCUACAAGUGCUACUGCCUGAAUGGAUAUAUGCUGAUGCCAGAUGGAUCCUGCUCAAAUGCGCUAACCUGUUCAAUGGCAAACUGCCAAUAUGGCUGUGACGUAGUGAAAGGAGAUGUUCGCUGUCGCUGCCCUUCCCCAGGUUUGCAACUCGGACCAGAUGGCAGAACCUGUGUAGAUGUGGAUGAGUGUGCAACAGGAAAAGCUGUGUGCCCCAGACAAAGAAAAUGUGUUAACACUUUUGGAAGCUACAUUUGCAAGUGUCAUGAAGGAUAUGACCUGAUACAUGCUGCAGGGAAAUACCAAUGCUUUGAUAUUGAUGAAUGCUACACAGGCCAAUAUCAGUGCAGUCAAUUCGCAAGGUGCUACAAUACUCCUGGGUCCUACAAAUGUAAAUGUAGUGAAGGUUAUCGAGGCAAUGGAGCCGAGUGUGCACGCAUCCCAAGAGUGAUAAUAGAUCCAUUAGGUCCACAUAAUUUUCUACCAGGUAAAGAUAGCACAAGGAAUGUAAUAAGAGGAAAUAGCAGCAAUUUGAGUGGUAGUGAAGGAAGCAGCAACAGGAUUCCAGACUUAAUUGGCAGAGAUCCUAAGAGGCCUCCCUCAACCUCAUAUAUUACAGCUAAACCUGCUCCAAAAACUACAGCCAAACCUACAACACGGCCACUGCCAAAGCCAGUGACUAGGCCAGCACCCAAACCUGUCACAAGGCCUGCUCCAAAACCAGAAACAAGGCCACCUCCACAGCCUACAACAAGGACUCCAACACAACCAGUGACAAGACCACAACCAGUGACAAGGCCCCCACCACCACCAGCCACAAGACCUCCUCCACCAGUUAUCACUAAACCAGCUCCUAGACCAACCACAAGCUCUCCUAUAAAAACAACAAGGCCAGCACUUGUUACAAUAGAACCUGGGAUUACAUUACGCACUGCUGUUCCAGUUGAUAAUAGGAUACAAGUGGAGCCAGAGAAACCUAGAGGCGAUGUCUUUAUUCCACGUCAAGGAGUGCAACACAAUCUCUUUGAUAUCUUUGAAGUAGAAAAGGGGCUCAGUGCAGAUGAAUAUGAAGAAAAUGAUGAUCCAGGUGCUUUGAUUCAUUCCUGUAAUUUUGACAGUGGACUGUGCGGCUGGAUCAGGGAUAAAGACAAUGAUUUACAUUGGGAACUAGUUAAAGAUGAGUCAGGUGGGCAGUAUCUAACAGUUAUGGAGCCCAAAGGACAUGCAGGAAAAGCAGCACGAUUGGCCCUUCAUCUUGGACACCUAUCACAUUCUGGAGACCUGUGCCUGUCUUUUAGGCAUAUUCUGUCUGGGGAACAUUCUGGCAAACUCCAGGUCUUUGUAAGAAGAACUGGUGCUUCUCAUGGACCUGCUGUUUGGGGGAGGAAUGGAGGAAAUGGCUGGAGAGAAUCACAUAUAAAUAUUCUGGGAAAAAACAUCAAGAGUAUCAUUUUUAAAGCUGAAAGAAGUAGAGAGAGAAUAGGACGACUUGGGCUUGACAACAUAAGUUUGAAGAGAGGUCAAUGCCUCUAAAACACAUUCGAGCGGAACUUAAAGUGACAGCCAUUCAAUGCCUGGCUACACUCAGGAAAAGACCACAAGGGAAAUUCAAUGCUCUUUUGAACUUCUGAUGGAAUCGGAAUUCUCAAUGAUACUCUGUUCCCACCUUUAAGAACCCGAUAGUGGACACAAAACUUCAAGUCAGCAUGUUUCCAAAGAAUACUUUUAUAUGUAUAUAUUAACAGUAUAUAUUACUCAAGAUCAAUUCCUGGAGGGGACUGAAAAGAAAACUAGGAAAAUGCAUUUUGUUUAUUUGCAUACUAUUGAAAUACCUGCUCGUAUACAGCAACAGGAAGCACAGCCCAGCACCCCUGUUAGUAUGAAAAGUCAUGUCAAUCCUUACUGUAUAAUAACAUUUAUCUGUUUUAACAGAAUUGGCCUCCAGAAAUAGUGUGAUGGGGUGUAAAUAAAUCUGUUUGGUGUCCAAGGUCAUAUACCCAAAUUAUUACUGGUACAGUGGAUACAACAAUGCAGAAAUAAGCCUGUGUCCAAUUGCAUGUCUUAUCUAGCGUGUCAUUCCAUCUAGUCAUCUCCCAGCAUAGCUAAAAAAUAAUAAUUAAUAAUAAUUCAUCAGCUAUGGGAAUGGGAUGCAAUGUUGGCACAUAACCAGUGAUGCUGCUAGCGGGAUGUCCUAUCAUAUGCAUAGAAUGGAUAAGAAAAAGUGCCUUAUAAGUAUAAGAUUACAUAUCCAAUAAUAUUAUUUUAAGACGAUGAUUUCAAUCCUCCCUCCGUUAGAUAAACAUCUAAUCACAACAAAGUAGAAUCAGUCAGGACUCAGUUCUAUCUAUCUAGUAAAAUCGACUUUGUCCAAACUAAAUAACACCCCAAUGAAUAUUAUAGGGGGAGGUUCACCACAUUCUAACAGGCCAUCUAAAUCAUAAUCAGACAUCAACGUUGUGCCAUAUAUUAGCAGCACAUUACCCAGACGUAGCAAGUGCCAAAUCUAAUGAAAGGUCUAUUUAUACACCAAAAACAAAUGAACCGUUACAUUGACAUGCAUUGCCAAAAGUGCUGUAAUAAGAAAAUAAACAUGGCUGUAGAAAGAUUCAUAUUUAAAGACAAUUAAUCCAGAAACUAACACUAGUACUGAUUAACUGAAGUUAUCUGGUUCCACUUCCAUAUAAAUGUACUUUUGGUGACAAACUGCAUAUUGAUUUUCAGGAUGCCAUGUUGAAGUGUAUACUUUAGCUCUGUUUUGUAGAAGCAACGUGCCUUAUUGCAUGUGCCAAAUGUUUGAAAAUGACUGCCGAUAACAUGGGGGGAAAAGAACAAGUAUACCUUCAAUUAUAAACAUGUGCAGGGCCUAUGAAUACUCUGUAUGAGUAAUGUAAUAACAGGAGCAAAGUUUACACCAUUUCUAGUCAAUGAAACCAAUCAGAUGGACACAUUAUACAAUAGUCUGUGUGUAUAAGACAACAUCCAGCAGAUUGGAAAGUGUUAUUUAUGACCAUUGGCCCAGCCACAAGUCCAGAUUCCCAUGCUUUUAGCCAUGGCUCCUGGGACAAAAGUCCUUCAUUUUAAAUACAGGCCACGAGGAGCAGGAAACUCCUGUAAUCAGGUAGACAGUAAGUACUGCACUUUAUGGCCAGUGGUGCUUCUUAGAAUAUAUACAUUUGAAUAACAAGUCAUCUAGUGACCAUUCCAUGGGAUUCUAAUUUCUCACUGCCCACAGAUAUAUAUAUGAGAUAUAGGGGGUUAUUUAUUAAAGUCUGAAUGCCAAAAACGAAUUUUUGGGGAUUUAUUAUACCCAUGAGGAUGGAAAAAGUCUGAAUCCAGAAAAUCCAGCAUAUCAGACCUGCCAAGGUUGUAUGUAAGUCAGUGGGAGAAGUCCCGAAGAUAUCCUGAUCUGCGCUGGGUUUCAUGCAAUAAUCCGAAGAAAAAAAUUCCGGGCAGAAAAUCAGUAAAAUUUGUAUGAUUCAAUUUUUGCACGAUUUUUUUGAGUUUUUUCCCACACAGGACAUUUUUGGAAAAAUUUAGUUAUAAAUAAGGGGAUAUAAUCUGUGUGGAUUUGGUCAGAGUCGUUUUCAGAAAAUACUCGGAUAUUUUUGGAUUUUUGAUAAAUAACCCCCUAGAGUCCAUCAGUCUGCACAGUUUGUUACAUACUGUAGAUUAAAAGCAACAAAUGAAAGUAAAAGGUAUGAGAAAACUCAAAAGCAGCACAUUCUAAAUUUCAUGAUUUCAUUAGAAUUUCUGAUGUAAAUUCAGAAAUUCCCUCUUGGGCAUACAGGAUUUUUUUGGGGUGUGGGGGAUUGCAUUAUGAUCUGUUUGAUAUAUUCAUAUGUUGUCAUAUGUGUUCUUUAAUUUCUUUGGCACUUAUAUGUAGACAAGCUGCCUUACUAGGAAGCUCAAUUCUGUUUGUCUAUUCACCUUAAGGAAAGGAAUAAAUCUGAUAUUUAUGAAAUACAGAUAGCACAUAAUCCCCAACGGCCCUAUGCAGAAGAGACAGUCCUGAUUUGCUGACCGGAACUGGGACAGGCUUACCAGAAACUGGGUGGUGGACUGGCUGUAGAGUCCUGAGCGGGUCCAUUUUUUGAAACCCGACCCAUACCCCCAACCUGAACCCGCAACCCACGUUUUGACCCCUAUGUUCCCGCUACCCGACCCGCAAUAGGCCAACUAACCUUCCAACCUGGGGGACACGUGAAACCAAAGGUGAUGUCACAUUUGCCUGGAAGUGACGUCACUCCUGUGCCAAAUUUUCCCCAAAAAAAUUAAAAACUGGAAGAACCACAAGGGUGGGUACCCAGUUGGUUUAACUGCGGACUGCCCGCAUGGCCAAGGAAUUUUGCCCAAAACCCAACCACUUUGCGGGUAUUCUGAGGGUACACGACCCGAUGCAGGACUCUAACUAGGGGAAUGGAUGGGUUCUAAGGAACCAGUAGGAAAUGUAGGGAGGAAUGGUAAUAAUAAUAAAAUGCCAGCAAUACCCUGCAGAUCUGCAGAUAAUGCAGCCUGUCAUAAAACGUCACCACUGAACUACUGAAAUUCAAGUUAAAGGGAAAUCGUGUAUAUUUUGUCUGAUACUGUAUUUGAAAUUUGUUGAAACCCUUGUUUCUAUUCCUUUAUGGUUUUUGUCACAGUGUAAUAUUUCUAUCUGGUCCUCCUUUAUAGAUUUCUUUGAUCCAUCACAAAGUUAGCAGUAUUCAAGCUCAAGCAAAUGAACAUUUCCAGUUCAUGAAAUUGCUUGACAAUUUAUAUUAAUUUAUUUGAGUAUCUGAGUUAACAGCUUGCACUGUACUUAGGGCUGCUGUUUUUUAUGUGCGUGUUUUUCUUUUUUUUCUACCAUAUUUGGACAUUUCUUUGUUUUUUUAAAAUAGAAACUGUAUAUAAAGGUACACUGAAAAUAUCCUUCUUUAUUUAUAAAGAAUAUGUACCAAUACCUGACAGUUCAUACCAUUUGCAUCACUUUGUUUCUGUAUUUUAUUUAAAUACUGUAUCUGAAUAUUCAUGGAAUGAAUAAAAGAUGUUUUGAU